UACAUCGUCCCUGUUCGUCCUUAUGGGUUCGUGUUUGUAGUCGGUCAAGUGAAAAAUUGAAAAAUUUGCUUUUGAAUUACAAUAUUCCAUUAUUAUUACGAUAAAUACAUGAAUGCGCCGUGUGCCCCAUAACAAUCGGUGGAUCGUAAUCAUUUGAGCGGUUGUAAGACGGUUCUGGCGUGAAAAAGUUUAUAGUAGUCAAAAAAUGGCAUCUUUCACCGAGUCCGGGUUGGUCAAGAAACUGCUGGAGUUGAAUCCUAGCCAGCAAAGCAUUCAGACCCUUUCCCUCUGGUUAAUUCAUCAUCGGAAGCAUCACUCGAUCAUUGUGAAAACUUGGCUGAAAGAGUUGCAAAAAGCUCCAACUAGUAAGAAGCUGACCUUUAUGUUUUUGGCCAAUGAUGUUAUACAGAAUAGUAAGAAAAAAGGUCCUGAAUUUGGUAAGGAGUUUGAGAAUGCCUUAGUGAAGGCAUUCAAAUUUAUCGCUCAGUCCGGACCGGAAGAGAAAACCAUUCACAGUCUAAAUCGAAUAUUGACCAUUUGGGCAGAACGGGGAGUAUAUGAAGAAGCCCGAAUUCUAGAAUAUGCAAAAUUGUUGAACCAUAGAGAGAAAAGUCCAGCCAGAGCAGCUGUAGAACCUGUCGAGGAAAAGAAACGUAAAGCCGAACCUACGGAUGAUGCUAGUCGCAAUCAGAAGAAAGCAAAAACAAGUUCCGGAAGUGUGGAGAAGAAAGUCAAAAGUGAGACGAUCGAGGUUAAUGGAAAGGUAGAAACACAUGUUACGCUGAGUCCGCACCUACCGGAUGGGGAUGCUCCUGAACCGGAAGAAUUGAUCAAGGUGAUCCAAGAACUGGAGAAUUCGGCUUCAAGCGAUGCGGUUGUUCGUGAGCGGAUCGCUAACUUGCCCCCAGAGGUGUCGGAGCUUUCGGCACUGGCCAAGCUGGAAGAUAAAGAAGCCGCAAUGCGUUUAGCACUGAAGGUUAACGAUGCUAUUAAAAUCCUUAACGAUUACAACGCGCGACUGGCAUCCGAGAUGGACGAUAGAAAAAAGCUAACGACGAUGCUGAAAGAUUUCCAGCGAGAACAGCAAGAGUUGUUGACUCAAGCAGAGCAGCGACUACAGGAAUAUCAAGUUAAAUUGGCCAAGAUCAAAGAUGUUCAACGGGAAGUGCGCAGCCACAUGAACAAUUUACCCGAUCUCACAAGUCUGCCGGACGUCACUGGCGGACUAGCACCGCUUCCUUCGGCGGGAGAUCUUUUCAACAUUCAUCAUCAUCAUCAUCACCAUCAUCGUCACUAAGGGGGUUGAACAUUGUCUAACCAUGAAUUCUGUAAAUUUCCGAUUAGUUUUUCGGAAUAUUAUAAUUGACAGUUAUUGAAAGGAUGAUGUAACAUUUCGUAAUUUGAAAAGUUUCCUGCAUUUGUAUAUUUUAAAUGAAAUCUAUUUGUUGCUAUUAGGCGUGAAAUGACGUUUGAUUAAUUCAGGUUGAGAUCUGCAGGCAUUAUUUGAUCGAUAUAUGUAGAAUAUAAUAACGACAAAAAAUAAAGCUGCCCUUGUAAAAGCUAUGGCACACUCAAUAAAUGUAUUAUAAGCCGACAGUUAUAUAAGCAAGAUGACAA